AUGGUGCAAUCGUUUCCGAGAGAAUGCCUUGAAGAGGUUUUUCACAUACUUGAGAAUGAUAAAUCUACCCUGCUCACAUGUCUGCUGGUGAACCGAUUCUGGUGUAGAAGCGCUGUCUCAUUCCUAUGGAAACACCCAUUUCGACUUGCCAAGAAACCUUCGCCCGAACUGAUAGAUAUAUACAUCUCGAUGUUUAGCCCACAAGUCAGCCGUCAACUUGCUAAUGAGGGGAUAAAUGUGAACACUAAUCCACCGAAAAGAUUGUUCAAUUAUCCGAGUUUCAUUCGAAAAUUUAGGUUUGAUGAUUUGUACGAAUCAACAUCAGCCUGGUUACAGGAGGGUUACGACAAAGGAAUACAACUCCGGAGCGAAUUAGAAAUUUUCGAUGACCUUCGCGUCAUUAAAAUCCUGGUGAACGAGCUCAUUAAAUUGUUUUUAAGUGAAUCCCCAGUGAUUUACUUUCUCUCGCUCAACACUCAACGACUCGUCGGCCUCAUCGAUCGACGAUUUUGGUCGCAUCACCCUGGCGAUAUACAAUAUACGCCCACGAGUUUUGAGGACUUUCGUGGGGCUUAUGGGUUUGAUGAUUUACUACAAUUACCUUCAUAUGCCGGCGCCGUCAAUUGCUUGCCUUACCUGCGCGAAUUCGAAUACGGGGGUGAUGCAACUGAUGGAAAGAUUGUACAAGCGUUAUCAAUGAUUUGCAAGAAUCUUGAUUCUUUAGAGAUAAGUUUUUCGUCGUGGCAAAGGAAACACGCCGAUCCAAUUAUGAUGUUAAGCUUAUUGCAGGCACAACACUCUUUAAAACGUGUCGUGCUUCGACGUGGUGGGUCAAAUUGUUUGUCGGUAUUGAUAGAAGGAUUAACAAGUCAGGCCAAUUCGUUGAGACGCUUGGAGUUUAAUGGAGCCGAUUUUCGCGGUUCCAUUUCACUUGAGGCUGUGACAUAUUGCGUCAACUUGGAAACACUAAUAUUUGAUCGAUGCUUGGGUUUGUCGGACGAGAUAGUGGAGCCCUUAUCAAAUGCAACAUUCCAUCAUCUAAAUAAAUUCGUGUUCAGGAAGAGCAUCGCGUUUAGGGAUUUGCGAAACAUCCUGGGGCCAAACAUGCAUCCACCCAUAAUUCCAUUACCGCCUGCAGUUGUACCCUCAAUCCCUUCGGACUCCACAAAAAAUGAUGGGUCACCGGAUGUUACCCAUCCGCUUGCCAUCAUGAUACAGAAUACACGCGGGAGUUUGGAGGACAUUAGGAUGGGCUGGAAAGUUUGGAAUAUGAGGCGACCGUUAAACCUGACGCCGCAUGCCGCAGGGGAUUUUCCACCACCGUCGGUCCUUUCGACCUUGUCAUUGUACUGUCCGCGAUUGAUGGUACUUGAGGCACAUAUAAGCAGAGAUACAUUACCACAUUUUCUGGUGUUACUGGAAAAUUGUAAUCAUCUGGAGCAAUUGUGCAUUUCGGUGGGCACUGAAUUAAUGGAUGAUGAAGCAUUUUGGACGAACAUGGGCAAACUGCUGCCAAUGAAACUGCGACAUCUUUUGAUUGUAAUUGGAGGGACAUUUUGGUUGAUGGUGUUACAUUGGCUGUUGGGAAACUUACGCAAAGAGGAUGGGAACGUUGAAGAGGCUGGCAUUAGCGAAGAGGACGAAG